AUGAGGGUGUCAGUCCUCGCCCUCGCCUUGUCAAGCGGUGCAUCAGCCUUGCCCGCUCUCGGCGGUCUUGCAGUCCGUCAAGCAAGCCAUCUCGCCAACCGAAACGUCGAGUUCAAGGGCGCCGAAGCCCCUUCGCUGAUAGACGACAUGAACCUCUCCCGCGCCGAAUCAAUAGCCGUGCGAGAAGAGAUGACGGCAGACACACAGAAAAGGAGCAUGGCAGUCGAGCCAAGGCAGGCCGCCAAAACGGGAGGGAAGAAUGCGCAAGAGGGCGCUCCUCGGAUCGAGGCAAUCGACGACAACAAGAAGAAUCCGAAGACGGACUUGACCGACCGGGAGGCGGCAGAAAUCGUGUCUUCCAUCGAUUUGACGGACAAGAAGGCGGCCGGGUCACUGGAUGCCAAAGGACAGAGGAAUCCACUGCCUGGGUUGAGUGCUGAGAUGACGGAUCUAAUCAUAAAGCAGGGGCUGGCAGCUCUCAAGGAAGCGGGCGCAUGA